AUGUCCAAUCCUCUACCUUCAGUUUCUCCCACGGUCGCUCGGCCCGUGGCCGUUCCCGUCGAGUCGUCAUCACUCUGGGAUCGUAUCACCACAUGGGCAUCCGAGAACAAGGCUGUUGUCUACACCAUUGCUGGCGUUGCUGUUGUUUUCACUGGUGCUGGUGUCGUAUACUAUCUUAACAGUGAUUCGAACAAUAACAACGGUGCUCCCAAGCUCAGCAAGAAAGAGAGGAGGAAAAGGAAGGAGGUCGAGAAGAAAGCAGCCGAAGAAGCAGAGAAGGCGGCUGCAGCACCGGAGAAAGAAAUCCCAUCGCAGCCAAAGCCUACAAGUGUCGAAAGCACCGACGAGCUGCCCGAGAUCGAUGAGGCAUUCGUAGCGACACUAUCACCAGAGCAACGAGACACUUAUGCCGGGAAGCUUAAGGAUGCCGGCAACAAGGCGUACGGCAACAAGGAAUACAACCGGGCCAUCGACCUAUACUCGAAGGCUAUUCUGUGCAAGGCGAACCCCAUUUUCUACUCUAACCGGGCCGCCUGCUACAACGCCUUGGGAGAGUGGAACAAAGUUGUCGAAGAUACCACCGCUGCGACCAACCUCGACCCUGAGUACGUCAAGGCUCUCAACCGCCGAGCCAACGCCUACGAGCAUCUAAAGAUGUAUGGCGAGGCUCUGCUCGAUUUCACUGCUUCGUGCAUCAUCGACAGCUUCAAGAACCAGAGUAGUGCCGAGGCCGUUGAACGUCUAUUGAAGAAAUUCGCCGAGCAGAAGGCUCAGGAGCUGAUCGCCAACCGUCCCGUCAAGCUGCCGUCCCAUACCUUUGUCGGCAACUACCUGCAGAGCUUCCGUACUAAGCCUCGUCCUGCCGGCCUGGAGGACUCCGUGGAGCUCUCGGAGGAGACUGGCCCCGGUCAACUACAGCUCGGGUUGAAGGCGAUGGAUAAGCGCACAGGCGAUGGCUACGAAGAAGCGAGAGCGGCAUUCGACAAGGCCCUCGAGUUGGGAGACCUCGGCGAAAAUGAAGCCCUCGGCUACAAUUUGCGAGGCACCUUCCGAUGCCUGCUCGGCAAGCACGAGGAUGCCAUGGCUGACUUGACUAAGAGCAUUGAACUGGAUCCGUCCAUGACCCAGAGCUACAUCAAGCGCGCCAGCAUGAGUCUCGAGAUGGGUGCGGCUGACGCAGCCGCCGAGGAUUUCGAGAAGGCCCUGGAGCAGAACAGCGAGGACCCCGAUAUCUACUACCAUCGCGCACAGCUGCACUUCAUCAAGGGCGAGUUCUCCGACGCGGCCAGGGACUACCAAAAGUCCAUCGACCUGGACCGCGACUUCAUUUUCUCCCAUAUUCAGCUCGGUGUGACCCAGUACAAGAUGGGUUCCAUCGCAUCGUCCAUGUCUACCUUCCGCCGGUGCAUUAAGAACUUUAAGGAGGUGCCUGAUGUGUACAACUAUUACGGAGAGCUGCUCCUGGAUCAGGGCAAUUACCAGGAAGCUGUGGAGAAGUUUGACACGGCGAUUGAGAUGGAGAAGAAGACCAAGCCCAUGGCCAUGAAUGUCCUGCCGCUUAUCAACAAGGCGCUCUGCCUGUUCCAGCAAAAGCAGGACUACUCCGAGGCCGAGAAGCUGUGCGAGAAGGCUCUCAUCAUCGAUCCCGAAUGUGAUAUUGCCGUCGCCACCAUGGCCCAGCUGCUCCUCCAGCAGGGUAAGGUGACCGAGGCACUCAAGUACUUCGAGCGCGCCGCCGAGUUGGCACGCACUGAAGGCGAGACAGUCAACGCCCUCUCAUACGCCGAGGCUACACGCACCCAGCUUCUGGUGCAAGAGAAGUAUCCCAAGCUGGCCGCUCGGCUGCAGGGCAUGAACCCUGCUCUGGGCCGGUAG